AUGUCCACAUGGACCGGACCCCCCCUACUACUGAACGGUCACUCCAAUGGCACACCACGUCAUUCACCACCAGCUCAUGUGGACUCUGCUGGCCCACCAACAUCGCGUGCUACUUCCAACUUCGAUUCUCCUCAGCAGCGCUCUGACCCCAUCGAUGAUGAUAAUGAAGCCAGACCACCUCCAGCCAAGCGGGCGCGUAAAUAUUCAGACGCCGAUCAAGCAUCCAUUGCCAAUGUAAGCAUUGUUCUCGUUGUGCACCAUACAGGCGUGUUAAUCCCUUUCUUUUCCUCGACCCUGAAGACUGGCUCUCCCCCUCCUAUUACAGCGUCCUCUGUGCAAACAAAUAGUGACACUGUUGUGUCAAGUCCAAUCCCAGUGCCCAUACCUACGGGUAGCGGCAUAUCGACCCUCAGCCCAGUGCAACACAGAUUUUGUCUGUCGACGGUACGCUCGCUUAAGAAGCUUAAGGAUGCUGCCGCGUUUGUGCAUCCCGUGGACCCCGUCGCUCUUAAUAUUCCUCAUUACCCGAGCAUAAUCAAGACCCCGAUGGACUUCAGCACCAUUGAGCGCAAGCUCAUGGCGUCUAAUCCCGCCAAGCCGGAGACUAGUCCCAACAUUCCACGCUAUUACAGCGCUGAGGAGUUCGUCUCCGACGUGCGAUUAGUGUUUAGUAAUUGCAUCACGUUCAAUGGCCCGGACCAUGUGAUUGCUCAGGCAGGCAAACACGUCGAGGCUGUCUUUGAUAAGCAGAUCAAGCAGCUUCCACCUCCAGCCGAGCCGAAGCCUCCUGUUGUCAAGAAAGUUGCCACACCUCCUCCUCCACCAGCUCCCCCCAAGAAAGCCGCGACAGCACCUGUUCGUCGUCCUUCAACCUCGGUUCCUGUCAUUCGACGCAACGAGGCCGAACAGGCAUCUGCACGGCCGAAACGUGAAAUUCAUCCACCUCCUCCGAAAGACCUACCAUAUGCCGACUGGUUAAGGUACCAAAGGACGAUGGCACAUGGAGAGCAGCUCAAAUAUUGCGGGAGGAUCCUAAGUGAUCUUCAACGAAAGCAACAUCAAACAAUCGCUGCUCCAUUUUAUGAGCCUGUCGAUGCUGUAAAGCUUGAUAUUCCGACAUAUUAUAAAGUCAUCAAGAAGCCCAUGGAUAUGUCCACCAUGCGGAAGAAGCUUGAGGCCGGGGAGUAUCCCAAUGCCUCAAAGUUCUUUGAUGACUUUAAGCUCAUGAUUCGCAACUGUUUCUUGUUCAACCCCGCUGGGACACCUAAGUGGAAGAAUCUGCCGCCCCUUCGGGAUGCAAGUGAUGAUGAAGAGGAGGAGUACGAGGAUGAGGAGUCGGAGGAAGAACGUAAUCGCAGGAUCGCCAAUAUGGAGGCUCAAAUCGAGUCGAUGCGCGGUAAUCUCAUGGCUCUGAAGGCCAAGCCAGCUAAGGAGAAGAAGAAAAAGGAGAAGAAAGAGAAGGCUCCUGUUGCUUCCACCUCAAAGGCCGCUACUUCGCGCGCCCCGAAGCAGCACCUGCGACCAACGGAAGCAAGCCCUAUGGCCGAGGACGAUGCGCUAUCCUUCGAGCAGAAGAAGGACUUGAGUGAGGCCAUUACCAGUCUCGAUGGGGUGAAACUUGAGAAGGUCAUUCAAAUCAUUCAUGAGGGCGUUCCCGAAAUUCGUGAUCAGAGUACCGAGGAGAUUGAACUUGAGAUUGACAUACUACCACCGCAUGUUCUCACAAAGUUGUACAACUUUGUGCUUCGGCCUCUGCGGCAGCCAACGCAGAAACGGAAUCGGACUGGCAAGGGCACGGGUACUGGUGGCCUUAAACGGAAGAGCAUGGACGAGACUGCUGAAGCUGAGAAGAUCCGCAAGUUGGAGGAACGGAUGCGGCUCUUCGAUGAUAACAACUUUGCCACACCCAACGCUACACCUGCAAUAGCUCAUCAGCAUGAUAGCGAUCAUUCAUCGGACUCUUCUUCAGACGACAGCUCGGGCAGCGAGUCGGAGUAAUUCGUCUUCCUUGCCUUGUGAUGUCGCUUAUCGUAUCUGGUCGACAUUUUCUUGCGCGACUUCGUCGGGUUGUUGGUAGAUUUUCUUCACCCCCCCGCUUAUUGUUUUCCUUUAAUUGCGACUGUCCUCUUGAUCUUUAUAACCUCCAGAACUUGUGCUACUCUUCAUCUCCUCGCUCUCUCGCAAGCAAACGUACAUACAUACAACACCAAAAUUAAAGAACAGCAAUGUAGUUAGUUAAUUCUAGUCGUGACUGAUGGUCGUCACAAUUGUAGACCAUGCCUGCUCGAUACCCUUGAAUUCGAUACCUUGACUU